CAGGGGAGGAAACCUCUUGUCAAGUUUCUCUCUGACCCUCAGAGCAUCAGCAUUUUAACAGAUCCGCUUCUUCAUUGUUUCCCUCCUACACUGGGCUCUCAGAUAACUGUGUCGAUGGCAGUCAUUCUUCUGACUAACUGAUUUUCAUGAUCAUCACCACUCUCUGUAUUGCGUAACGCAUGGACACUGACAGUGCGCACACUUGUCAUUUAGAAACUAAGAUUAUUUAAGCCCUUUUUUCUCUUUUUAGUAUUUUUACGUUCAUUUUCAAGGAUGCUCGUCCUAACUUGGAAUAGAUGCUGUGUUGUGGUGUUUCUCGUCGCUUCACUGAAGACGGGGGCAUCCCAGGUAUCAGAGGCGCGUCCAAAGGCGAACUUAAUCAAGCCAGCUCUGUCGGAAGAGUCACCUACACCGGCUACAAACCGCACUGCUCACAUCGGGAUCACCAAGAAACACAACGUCCUUGCACAGCAGGUGUACCCAUGCAGCAACGAUAAGGAGUGCAGCGUGGGGAGCUACUGCCACAGCCCUCAGCAGUCUCCCCCCCGCUGCCUCAACUGCCGCAGGAGGAAGAAGCGCUGCCAUCGAGACGCCAUGUGCUGUCCUGGGAACCGCUGCAGCAACUUUAUUUGUGUGCCUAUCUCCGAGAGCGUUCUCUCACCUCACAUCUCAGCUUUAGACGAGCAUAACAAACUCUCCACCAAAGACCAGAACUGGAGGAAGAAUGGAAAUCUGCACGCUAAGCACUCUCUCAAAGGACACGAGGGCGACCCUUGCCUGCGUUCAUCCGACUGCUCGGAGGGCUACUGCUGCGCCCGCCAUUUCUGGACCAAAAUCUGCAAGCCGGUGCUGAGGCAGGGGGAGGUCUGCACCAAGCAGAGGAAGAAAGGCUCUCACGGCCUGGAGAUCUUCCAGCGCUGCGACUGUGCCAAGGGCCUUUCCUGCAAGGUGUGGAAAGACGCCACCUCAUCGUCCAAGUCCAGGCUCCACAUGUGCCAGAAGAUCUGAAGCGGGGGGGGGGGGGCAGCUGCUGUCGGCGUAGAGUGCUCUGUCUCCAUCUGCCAGGGAAAGUUUCUUAAAGGACGGGUUGUGGCGGUAUUGAAAAGGAGAACAAGACAGAGACUAACAAGAGACAGAACAAACUGUGUGGGUUUAAGCUCGCUGUUCGGCAAGCAGGGAGUGAAUGGGAUUUGCUUUAAUGUGUCUGCUGCGAGCGCUCCAUCCCUGUACCCAUACACACACACACACACACACACACACACACACACACACACACACACACACACACACACACACACACACACACACACACACACACACACACACACACACUCAGCAUGGGUUUGUGAUCAAUGAGCUCAUGUUGUUGUUGCACACACAAAUACAUUUUUUUUUUACACUCGGGACAUUCAGGGAGCCACAAAGUUAGCCAGUAGCUGUGAUAGGUGAGGACCUUUUUUUAGAUGGAGGCCACAGGGGUAGCAGUCUUUCAUUAAACUUCCACUUGUAUAAAUAAGACAGAAAAACAAUUAACAGACAAGCCAUAUGUUUUACUGCACAGUAAAUGCUUUACCGGCCUCCAAAGACCUGAUGUGGGAUGUCCUGUGUCUCAAUGCUGGAUCCGACAUCAUUUGUUAUCUGUUUAGUCAGAAUUUCAAUAUCUUGUUUGUUUUUGAGUUUUGCGGAAUUUAGCUAUUUAUAUGCAGAACAUUUACAAACAGUAACAAAGUCCAGACCCACGAAAUACCAGUCAUAUCAUAUGAGGAACUAAUUGCAUACACUCUUCACUUCAGAGCUUGGGUUUUGUAACAGCAUACGGAGACUUCAAUGCAACGCAUGAUGCUCUUAAACCAAAGAAUGAAAGAAUAUUUACUUCAGAGUGAUGAGUUUCAUCUGGGGUAUUAGCCCCUUGGCCCAUUUUUAGCCACAAGAAGAGAGAUAAAGUAUUGUGUCCGUCGUUGAAACCUUGUUUGAUCUGUCAGAUGCAGCUGCAAUCUAUUGUGAUAGAAACUGUGGGUUUGCACUGAGGCAGUGUCAGUGUUCCUGAUACCAAACCAGAGAACGGCUCUGCUUUUUCAAUCACAUAAACAGGACUCAAGGAUACCAUGGAAGUGCAAUUUUUUCCAUUUACAAUGCCAACAGGAGAGGAGUCUUGAGAAGAUGAUUAGACUUAAAACAUGCUCCGUAAACCCGAUGCUUUUUUAAACAUAUUGCAGAUUGAAUCAACAUCAACACACAGCCCUGUUUAUUUUUCAGUUCAUCCAAAUAUGAUAGCACGCUUCUUUCUCAUGAAAUAAGCUGCAGUUUUGUUUUUAUGCCAAAGCAUAACUUCCUUAAACAACCACUUGAUAGCUACACAGUCAACAUAAUAUCACAUUUGCCUCUUUUUAGAGCAUCAACUACACAUAUUUUUUAACCAUUUAAAAUACCAAUAAGCUCUUAUAUUGUAAAUAGAUUGGAAACAAUGACCAUGUAUUUAAGAAUCAAUGUAUAUCAUGUACAUAUUAUAAAAAUAUGAAUCUUAAAUGUUGCAGCAAAAUGAUCUAGGUGAGAAGAGUAAUGAGGGAUGAAAUAGGAGCAGACUCAAAGUGAUGUAGUUAAAAUGAUAAGCGCUGUGUGUAUGGACACAGGCGAAAGGCAUUGAUAGCUUUGAUAUUACAGACUGAAUGCAUCAUAAGGAUGUUUCCAAAAAGAGAGACAAGCACAUGAAUUUCCAAAACAGUUUGUGUAAAUGGUGUGUACUGUAAAUGGUGUCAAGAUUUAUAUCCCGCUAAAUAUUGUUUGUGUCUAUACUGAUUUGUUUUGUGUAUUUACGUAUUUGUGUAUGAUGAAUG